AUGUGGGUCAGGACGACACUGAGGAUUGAAAGGUGGACUAAGGAAAAGACUGAGGACAAUGCCAGCAUCUGGGAUGAGAGCAGCACUGACGUAAACAGGUUACCCGGCUGGGAGAGAGGACAUCGGCUGGCUGGUGUGCCAUCUAGCACCGAAGCAUCUACCUUCUCCUCUGAAGGUGAAUUCAAGGACCCGGACAGGUGCUGCUGGAAACACAAGCAGUGCACUGGGCACAUCAUCCACCCCUUCACCUCGGACUGUGGCCACCACAACCUGCACCUGCACUCUGUCAGCCACCGUGACUGUGAUUCUAGGCUGAAGGAUUGCUCAGAGAAGACAAACAGCGACAACUCCCAAGAUGUGGGCCCAACCUGCUCCCGAGAUGAGGGCUUAGCAUGUUUCAACAUCAUCCAGUCCCCUUACUUUGAGCUCAUCCCAGAGGAAGAGUGUGUGGAGCGGUUCUGGUAUGGCUGGGGCAACAGCUACAGGCCUGUCUCUGUGGCAGUGAUCUACCAUCCGGUCCACCAUGACUAUGUGGCAGACGACCUGAAUGAAGAGGAGGAGGAGGAGGAAGGCCAGGCUCCCAUUCCGACCCAGGUGGGGCCCGCCGCCGCCGCCGCCGCCGCCCCCACUAACACAGGCCCGGGCGCCGUCCCAGGUAGCCCAGACUCAGCAGCUCCCGUCACGAUCUGGCGCUCUGAGAGCCCCACGGGGAAGUCCCAGGGCAACAAGGUGAUCAAGAAGGUGAAGAAGAAAAAAGAAAAAGAGAAAGACAAGGAAGAGGAGACGGAGGAGAAGGUAAAGCCGAAGAAAAAAGUCAAGAAGGGCAAGUUGAUGAAAAAGAAAAGCCCGGUGGAAUCGGAAUCUUUACCUCCAGACUUGAGCCGAUCAGUAAGCCCCAGAGAGUUGACCAGGAUGUCUGAGUCCAGCCCAGACAGCCCGGAGGACCUGGAGAGCGAGGACAGUUACAACGACCCCAGGCGGGAGGAGCCCUCCAGCGAGGAUAUCGUGGAGUCUUCGUCGCCCAGGAGGAGAGAGAAGAACACGGUCCGGACUAAGAAACCUGGGGCCAAGACCUCACCAGUCAAGAAGGUCAAGAGGAAAUCUCCCCCAGCAUCAAACCCCAAUCUCAGUUGAGGCCAGGGCGUCCAAGGUGAAGAAUAAAUGCGAUCAAGCCUGUAGCUGACCCCCUGCUGCUGUUCUCUCUCCCUCCAACCUGUCCCUGGGGCGGGGGGCGGGGGGUAAGGGGGUGGGCUCUGGGCGUAGCUGGAGCCAAGGGGCCAGGGGGCUGCAGGACUUUCUGAAGGGUAAUCUUUCAGGAGGGAGUCCAUGGGAACGUAGGAGGGAGGGCAGGGGGGGGACACAGCCUGUUUCUCUGUAACAUCCUAGGCUCGGGGCAGGAGAGGAGCACAUCUGGGUGGGGUGGGAAGGAGGCUGCCCAUCUCCUGGGAGACUGGUCUGUGUGAAAUCCGCUCGGGGAUUUCAGGCAGUGCUGUCUGCAGUGAUACCCCUAAUAAAUGGAACCUUUUAACCCACUCUG